AUGUCUACAAAUGAGGCGGGAGAGCCAAACGGCAGAGAUCCUAUAAAUACCCAAGCGGGAGAGACAGAUGCUGGUGAUAAUGCACCAGGCUCUGAAGGCACAGAGUCAGGGCUAAGCGUUGAUGAUAUUCUUCUCCCUCGGAGUGUUAUAAUGCGGUUAGCAAAGGAUAUGCUGCCGCCGGGUACUGGUGUCCAGCGUGAUGCAGUUACGGCCAUAUUAAAAGCUGCUACAGUAUUCGUUUCGUACAUAUCUUCACAUGCAAAUGACAUGACGGAUAAGAAGACUCUAACGCCGCAGGACGUGCUCGCGGCACUGACAGAGGUAGAACUAGGUGACUUUCGACCACAUUUAGAAAAGCAGCUCAAGGCCUACACGGCCCUUAUGAAUAACAAACGCGAGUCGAAGAAGAAAGGAAAGUCAGGCAAGGACGCCAGCGGCGGACACGAUGGUGAGCCAGGAAGCAAACGACUUAAGCGAGACGGCGACGACAAGGAGAAGACAGCAGCAUCGGGCGCUGGCGCAUCAUCUACGGCCGGUGCAGUAGCACAGGAAGCCGGCAGCCAGAACCAAGGGGAGCCUCUGGAGGAGGACGACGACACAGAGCCGAUGGACGACACCAACCUCAGCAACGAGGAGGAAGACGAGGAGGACGAGGAGGUCGAGGACGAGCCAGAGUCGCAGGGAGAGCAGGAAGAAGACACGAUGGACCGGAUAGAGGACAGCGACUCGGCGCAGCAGAGACGGGCAGCGGCAGCAGCAGCGGACUCUGGCGACAGCGACAGCGACUAG